GUGGACCUCUGCUCUCUCAGGGAGUUUUCAACAGCAACCAUGGCCACCUUCGUGGAGCUCAGUACCAAAGCCAAGAUGCCCAUCGUGGGCCUGGGCACCUGGCAGUCUCCCCCAGGCAAAGUCAAGGAAGCUGUGAAGGUGGCCAUUGAUGCUGGAUAUCGACACAUUGACUGCGCAUAUGUGUAUUACAAUGAGCAUGAAGUAGGGGAAGCCAUCCAAGAGAAGAUCAGAGAGAAGGCUGUGAAUCGGGAGGACCUCUUCAUCGUCAGCAAGUUGUGGCCUACCUACUUUGAGAGGAAACUGCUAAAGGAAGUCUUCCAGAAGACCCUCACGGACCUGAAACUAGACUAUCUGGACCUCUACCUUAUUCACUGGCCUCAGGGACUUCAGCCCGGAAAGGAGUUAUUCCCCAAAGAUGAUCAAGGCAACAUCCUCACCAGCAAAAUAACAUUCUUGGAUGCCUGGGAGGUCAUGGAGGAACUGGUGGAUGAAGGAUUAGUGAAAGCUCUGGGCGUCUCCAACUUCAACCACUUCCAGAUUGAAAGGCUCCUGAACAAGCCUGGAUUGAAACAUAAGCCAGUGACCAACCAGGUCGAGUGUCACCCAUACCUCACUCAGGAAAAACUGAUCCAGUACUGUCACUCCAAGGGAAUCACUGUCACAGCCUACUGCCCCCUGGGCUCCCCCAGCAGGCCUUGGGCCAAACCAGAAGACCCUUCACUCCUAGAGGACCCCAAGAUCAAAGAGAUAGCUGCAGAGCACAAGAAAACCUCAGCCCAGGUUCUGAUUCGGUUCCACAUCCAGAGGAAUGUGGUGGUCAUCCCCAAGUCUGUGACACCUGCACGCAUACUUGAGAACUUUCAGGUCUUUGACUUCCAGCUGAGUGACCAGGAGAUGGCCACUAUCCUCAGCUUCAACAGAAACUGGAGGGCCUGCCUGCUGCCUGAGUAAGU